ACCUCCAUCUGCAACUGGAUCCUGGACUUCCUGACGGGCCGCACCCAGGUGGUAAGGGUUUGGUGCUGAAGUGUAAAGGGUGAUAGUAAUCACUGAAGAUAAAUAAUGACCGUCCACGAGCCAAAAGACAAAAACAAUGGCGUGUGGCUGAUCUUUUUCAUGCUGGGCUUAGGAACGCUCCUGCCAUGGAACUUCUUCAUGACAGCCACCAUGUAUUUUAGCAGCCGUCUCAGAGACCCCUCCCAAAUGGGCACCAACCUGUCAGGCAAUGGGACCGGGGCAGAAGGGAACAACCGUAGCCUUUUGGAGGCCAAGUUCAAUAACGUAAUGACACUUUGUGCCAUGGUGCCUUUACUGGCCUUCACCUGUCUCAACUCAGUCCUGCAUCAAAGGAUUCCUCAGAAGUUUCGGAUCAUGGGCAGCCUGGCAGUGAUUUUGGUGGUGUUUCUUCUGACAGCCAUUUUGGUUAAAAUAGAGAUGGCACCCCUCCCCUUUUUCACGUUGACCAUGAUCAAGAUUGUCAUCAUAAACUCCUUUGGAGCUAUCCUGCAGGGCAGUCUGUUUGGCAUGGCAGGCCAGCUGCCUACCAAAUACACCACACCCAUCAUGAGUGGGCAAGGCCUGGCGGGAACUUUCGCUGCCUUCUCCAUGAUCUGUGCUAUCUCAAGUGGCUCGGAGAUAAAUGACGCUGCUUUUGGAUACUUCAUCACAGCCUGUGUAGUGAUCUUAUUGGCCAUAAUAUCCUAUGUGGUCCUCCCUAAACUGGAGUUCUACCAAUAUUACAAGACCCAAAGUGGAAACAGAAUUAUUGAUGAGGAGAACAAGCUGGAUCUACUCAAGAAAGAAAAUGCAGCAGAGACUAAACCCGUUUUCAAGAAAGGAGAAGAGGAGCAAAACGUGUCCAUGUUGACCAUCUUCAAGAAGAUCUGGGUCCUGGCUCUCUCUGUGUGUUUUGCCUUCACCAUCACCAUCGGCACCUUCCCGGCAGUCACUGUGGAUGUGAAGUCUACCAUCGCUGAUGGAGGCACCUGGGAGCUGUACUUCAUCCCCGUGUGUUGUUUCCUGCUCUUCAACCUCAGCGACUGGGUUGGGAGAAGCCUUACUGCUGUGUGUAUGUGGCCUGGGAAGGACAGCAAACUGGUGCCCAUUCUUCUGGUGGCCCGUGUGAUCUUCGUGCCGCUCUUCAUGCUGUGCAAUGUUCAGCCCCGCUACAACCUGCCUAUCUUCUUUGAACACGACGCCUGGUUCAUCGUCUUCAUGAUAGUCUUUGCCUUUUCCAAUGGAUACCUGGCCAGCCUUUGCAUGUGCUUUGGGCCCAAAAAAGUUGCUGCUCAUGAAGCGGAGACAGCUGGAGCCAUUAUGGCCUUCUUCUUGUCCCUGGGUUUGGCUCUGGGAGCAUCCCUCUCAUUCCUCUUCAGAGGCCUGGUCUAAAAUGACACCCUGUAGAGAACAUGACCCCCAAACCCCAAAUUGACCUAUAAAACUUGCAUGGUAACAAA